UGUGCUGGCAGGCGGCCGGGGCUCAGCAUGCGGGAGACCUGCAUCCUCCCCGUCCCGCUGUCUCCUCCCAGCUGUGGGCUCGCAAGGAGUGGCAGCUGGUGGGAUAUAUAAAGGCAGGGGAACCUCAGCCAGCUCAAAAGAAACUCCUGGAGCUACUGGUGUUCUCCCUUCCUCCCUCCCUUCACGUGAUUCAGCUUCCCCACGCCAGGGGAGCCGAGGACAAGCCUCGCUGUGCGAGAUGGCUGCCGGCAGCUGCCGCCGCCUCCUCCUCCUCCUCCUCCUGCCCUGGCUGGUCACGGCCUCGCACAGCCCACCUGGCUGCAAGAUCCGGAUCACCUCCAAGGGGCUGGACCUGGUGAAGCAGGAGGGGCUGCGCUUCGUGGAGCAGGAGCUGCAGAACAUCACGGUGUCGGACCUGCACGGAAAGGAGGGGCAGUUCCACUACAACAUCAGCCAGGUCAAGGUGAUGGACCUGCAGCUGGCAUUAUCUGACCUGUACUUCCAGCCUCAGCAGCACCUCGUCUUCAACAUCAACAAUGCCUCCAUCAGCCUGCGCUUCCGGAGGCAGCUGCUCUACUGGUUCUUCUAUGACAUCGGGUCCAUCAACGCCUCUGCGGAUGGCGUUCACAUCCACACAGUGCUGCAGCUGGCCAAGGACAAGGCUGGGCGCCUGAAGAUCUCUAACAUCACCUGCAACGCCUCCAUUGCCAGAAUGCACGCAGGCUUCUCUGGCACGCUCAGAAAGGUCUACGAGUUCCUGAGCACCUUCAUCGUCACAGGGAUGCGCUUCCUCCUCAGCCAGCAGAUCUGCCCGUCCCUGGAGCACGCCAGCCUGGUGCUGCUGAACUCCGUGCUGGACACUGUGCCGGUGAGGAACGAUGUGGAUGAGCACAUCGGGAUCGACUACUCCCUCCUGCGGGAUCCGUCCGUCUCCACGGACACCCUCGACCUAGACUUCAAGGGCAUGUUCUUCCCCCGUGCAAGAGAGAAUCAGGAGCUGGAGAACCAUGCGGUGGAGCCGGUGAUCAAGGAGACCGAGCGCAUGGUCUAUGUCGCCUUCUCUGAGUACUUCUUUGACUCGGCCAUGCACGCGUACUUCCAGGCGGGUGUGCUGGCCAUAGAGCUCGAGGGGGAGAAGGUGCCCAAGGACCUGGAGGUUUUGCUGAGAGCCACCUUCUUUGGGACCAUCUUCAUGCUGAGCCCCGCUGUGGAUGCUCCCCUGCGGCUGGUGCUGCAGGUGUCGGCUCCCCCACGCUGCAUCAUCAACCCCUCAGGCACCUCUGUCUCCGUCUCUGCCUUCCUCAACAUCUCGCUGGUGCCCCCGGGCCGCCCCGCUGUCCAGCUCUCCAGCAUGGCCAUGAGGACUAAAAAGGGGGUGCAGAUCCCACUGCCCGAAGGCAUGGACUUCACCAAGGAGGUGGUCACCAACCAUGCGGGAUUCCUCACGGUGGGAGCUGAUCUCCACUUCUCCAAGGGGCUGCGGGAGGUGAUUGAGAAAUACCGCCUGGCCCCUACUGCCCCCUACCCCAACUCAAGGCCUGCAGAGCCCAGCGCGGACCCCCGCCAGCUCUAGCUCUUCUCCUCACUCGCUCCUUCACCCCGAACUGUGGGCAGAUCCUGGGCUGGACCCGUAGAGCAUAGGUAGGAAGCAGCUUCCCCGCUCCCGCUGGCACGUCCUGCAGGGCGCCCAUGCCCUGGUGGGUCGCAGCAAGGUGGAGACGGCUGCUCUGGGAACCCCUGCUGCACCCUUUCUCAUUACACUAAUAAACCACGCGACUC